CUGCGUUGUUGCCGUCCUGGUGGUGGUGCUGAUGCCGGUGGAGGUCGAGGUCGCGUUCCUGGUUCCCCUCGCUCCGUCGUCGUCCCUGCUGCUCGCAUUGCUGGUGCCACUUUUCCACUGCUCGGCCUAGGGUUUCCUUUUUCUUCUCCUCAGAGAACUGCGGAUCAGUGGCGGGCUUUGACACUUGCCUUCCUCAUUUCAUUUCCCGUCCGCGUCGCUCUUUCAGACCGAUUUCCCUCUAUCUCGUCUCUGCUCUGUCGUCAUCCCCUCUCUCCUCCGUAGUCCACCCCCCCGAAAUGAUUUCCCCCUUCUGCCCCUCGUCCUAGCAUUCUGGAGUCCUCUGGGUCCUCACUUAUGGAUCGCCUUUCUGUAGUUUUUCUCGGCUGCAGAUGCCGCGUCAUUUGUGAUGCUGGGACGAGUGGUCGUGCUCAUCUGGUCUUCUAAAGUGUCGGAAGCGUAUUCGCAGCGUUACUGCUCUGCGUCGAUUGCGCCGUUAGGUUGUGGUUUUUUUUGAUCGAGGAAUUAGCUGCGUGGUGGUGUUCAUGCCGCGCUGGCUUUUUCUUAGGAAGAUCGAACAGGUUUCACGCGUCGACACCACAUGGACUUGGAGUAGAAAUCUAGGAAAGGCAUCUGUAUUUGACGAGGACCAAUGUCUGAAGGGCUUUAUGAGAUUCAUAGGACGAAAGAUGUUAACUCGCGUAGUCUUUCUUCUAGAAGAGCUGACAGUGGUGCGGCCGCGACAUUGGUAACAACAUGUAGUUUAGGUCGUGCAGAGGAGUGCAAUGUGGCCAACCAGUCAGGACAAGGGAUACGAAAUUUAAUUUUUAGUUUUCAGAGGCGGUCGCGAAAACGGGCUGUUGCUCCUGAGAAAGCUGUUACAACUGGUCUCACCUGUAUGUCUGGCCCGUUUCCUCAUGCGGAUACGGACAACGACGUCGAUCUGUCAAAACAGAUAAGAGGAAAACAUUAUUCCCCUCGCAGUUGUGAACUGACUUCAACUAAACUCCUGACCUCCGACGAUGCUGGUGAGGCGAAGUGCGUGUCAUCAAUCGAUGGGUCGGGAGAUGCGGGGUCGGUUCCAGUUACUGGAGAGAAGGAGCUCUCAAAUGGCGACUUCUACGUCGGUACGUGGCAGGGCAGUUUGCCGGAGGGGACGGGCAAGUAUUUGUGGGCAGAUGGCUGCAUGUAUGAAGGUGAAUGGGGGAGAGGCAAAAAGUCAGGAAAGGGCAAGAUCUCAUGGCCAUCUGGGGCCACUUACGAAGGUGAAUUUAUUGGAGGAUACAUGCAUGGGGUUGGCACGUAUAUGGGAACCGGUGGCACAACCUAUAAAGGUCAAUGGAGCAUGAACGUCAAGCACGGGCAAGGUCGGAAGAGGUAUGCAAAUGGGGACGUUUACGAAGGGACUUGGAAACAAGGAGUCCAAGAAGGCGUUGGUAAGUACACUUGGGCAAGCGGAAACGAGUACAAUGGGGAAUGGAGAGGAGGCACAAUGUGUGGUAAUGGCGUGUUAACGUGGACAAGCGGUGAUAAAUUUGAUGGGCAGUGGCUGGAUGGGUUGGAGCAUGGACGAGGAGUAUAUGUGUGGGCAGACGGGAGUUCUUACAAUGGAACUUGGAGCAGGGGUCUUAAAGAUGGAAAAGGUGUAUUUUAUCCUGCUGGUACCCGAGACUUACAAGCAGUUCGGAACAAUGACGGAGGUGUUGCAAGUCAUGUUUAUCACAGUGGGGAGCUUCGUCCUCUGCGGUGGUCUAGAAGUAGAUCCAUAUCAUCUGAAAGGAUCCCUUAUGGUGGAGAGUUGUCCAAGGGCGGGGACUUUUCAAACAGUAUUCAGAGACGUCGGAGCAUGGAUGGCCCAUUAGAGAGGGGGUUUGGAUUGGAGGGUAACGGUAGUGUUCGAACCACAGAUACUAUCUUGGAAGGUGUGGAGCGGGGAGUGGAAAGACCUCUGUUGGAGACCCCUGGAGCCCUUCCUCCUACCGUAGUUGUGAGGGAGUAUGUCCAGGGCGUGCUGAUGAGUGAGCUGGUGAAAGACAGUGCUGAUGCUGUGGGUCACAAAAAGAGGAGACCUCGCAGAUCUGCUAAGGAUAUCAAAAGACCUGGAGAAACCAUAUUCAAGGGUCAUCGGAGUUAUGACCUUAUGCUAAAUUUGCAGCUUGGCAUAAGAUAUACUGUUGGCAAGAUCACCCCAGAGCCCAGACAUGAGAUUGGUCCAAAUGAUUUCGGACCUCGUGCCAGCAUACACAUGAAUUUUCCAAAAUCUGGGACGCCACUGACUCCUACUCACAAUUCAUCAGAUUUUAAGUGGAAAGACUACUGUCCCAUGGUUUUCAGACAUUUGCGGGAAAUGUUCAAGAUUGAUGCAGCAGAUUACAUGUUAUCUUUAUGUGGAGAUGAUGCGUUGAGGGAGCUUGUUUCACCUGGAAAGAGUGGCAGCGUAUUUUAUCUCUCGCAUGAUGACCGAUUCAUAAUCAAAACAAUGAAAAAAGCGGAAGUAAAGGUUCUUUUGAAUAUGCUCGCAGCAUACCAUCUCCAUGUGAAAACUUACGAUAAUACACUCAUCACAAAGUUUUUUGGUCUUCAUCGCAUUAAGCCAUACGGAGGUCAAAAGGUGCGGUUCGUAGUGAUGGGCAACAUGUUCUGUACUGAGCUCCGUAUACAUCGGCGAUUCGACCUGAAAGGAUCGUCGCAAGGGCGCUCUGCGGAUAAGGUGGAGAUUGAUGAAACAACUACGUUAAAAGACCUGGAUCUUGACUACGAGUUUCGACUUGACCCCUCUUGGCGUGAUUCACUGCUCCGGCAACUUGAGUAUGACUGCAAGUUUCUAGAAGCUCGUGGUAUUAUGGAUUACAGUAUGUUGCUAGGCCUUCAUUUUAGGGCUCCACAAUACAGAGCACCUUUGUCUCCAGGUCCUUCCUCUACACCAGAUGUUCCUCCAAGUGAAUCAUUCACAAGCACCGCUCUAGACGAAGGAGGUGAUGAAGAAUGGGCGAGUAAUAGAGGUAUUGUGCUGGUAGCACGAGAUGCUGCCCAUGGCAGUAGCGGAACCCCUGGAAUUCAUAUUCGGGGAAGUCCUUUACGAGCAUCUGUGGCCGGAGAUCCUGAAGUUGAUUUGCUUCUUCCAGGCACAGCUCGCAGGUUGAGGAUACAGCUAGGAGUAAACAUGCCCGCAAGAGCUGAACGUGUACAUAAAAAGGAUGAUGAAUCGAAGACCUCUGAGGGUCAAUUCUUUGGAGAGUCGCAUGAUGUGGUGCUAUAUUUUGGCAUCAUUGACAUUCUGCAAAAUUACAGUCUCAGCAAACGCAUAGAGCACGCAUACAAGGCCUGCCAGUUUGAUUCGAUUUCCAUAUCUGCGGUGGAACCUAAAUUAUAUUCCAAACGCUUUCAAGAGUUCAUUCGGCAGAUUUUUCCUCCUACCCAGCUAUGACCGUCAUCCUAGCGAGGUUGCCUAGUGAGUAUUUAGUAUUGGUCAGCAACUGCUUAGAAGACGGAGAACCCCAGCGCUGAUUGAGGGCUGUAACGACCAGUGCUCAGGUCGUAGGGAAGGUUCGCUGUUCCAUCGUGACUGCUAUGAAGUAUGUAAGCCCUCCAAAUGCAGGUUUGGUGGCUGUCGUACAGGGGUUGUUGCUAUAUAUGAUGCAGUGCAAAUCAGUCAAGUAGUUUCUCCACGCGGUGGAGUACAGUAGCUGUCUUUGUCUCCAAGAGUUGUUUGCAACCGACAGCUGGUGUCCAGGUAUCAUCCAUUGUGUUGCGGAUAUGAAAAACCUGCUUUCUUAUUGUUUUGUUUCAGUGUCAAGGGUGUCUUUCGGUAGAUGGCAUGAUGAGACAGUGAGUCUCUCUUAGUGUCGUGGAGUGUAUUCUUUAACAGUGUAUAGGUGGAGAUGUGCAUUAGCGAGUAUGUCCAAUUUAGACUGCUAUUCAUUCCUUAGUAUUUUGGUUUCGAUGGAGGUAAUUCUGCUACCCACCGGCAGUUUCCUGUCAACCUCUAACGAAGCAUGUGGUUGGGUUGACCUUUUCAUAAAACCAGUGCUCGGUUAUCUUUUCCGUGUGUGAAUGCA